AGCUCUAGGCCGGCCGGCGGUGGUGGCGGCGAGGCCGGGAUCCGGACUGAGGGCCUGCUGUGGCGGCAGCGGUGGGCGCCGAGCUCAGGCAGCGGGUAUCGGGCACAUUCCUUCCCCUGUCGGGAGGGGCGCCGCGCCGCGGUCCGAGGCUUACGGGGUUUCUCUGGAAACCCCCCUGGUAAGUGUGGAGGAGGCGGGACACUCUGACCCAAGACAAAAGGCCAGUAGCUCCAGCCAAAGAAAAUAAACCUUAGGAGGGAGAAGCUAAAAAAAAAAACAACCUAUCAGCUGUUCCUGAGAACAGCCUGCAGUGGAGUCUCCUGAGAGGACAGCUAAAGUGAGUGAGGAAGUGACUGUAUGUGGAUUGUGGAGACAGUAAGUCACGUGGGCCCUGAGGGGCCUGGACUGUCUUAGGAACACUUGUACUUUCAGAGGUGAGGUGUCGAGAAGGGAAAAGUGAAUGUGGUCUGGAGUGUGGCCUUGGCUCCACGGGGUGUGCUUUCCUCCGGGGCCCUCAGGGAGCUCAGCCCCUGUGUUCUGCCAGGGCAGGGCACAGGGUUGGGCACUGAGGAGGGUAACUUGCUGGCUGGAGCAGCAGAGCAGUGGCCUUGAUUUGUGUUUUGGAAGAUUUAAACCAAAAAGCAUAAACAUUCUGGUCCUUCAGCAAUGCUUUCUCUGAAGAAAUACUUAACGGAAGGACUCCUCCAGUUCACCAUUCUGCUGAGUUUGAUUGGGGUGCGGGUGGACGUGGAUACUUACCUGACCUCACAGCUCCCCCCGCUCCGGGAAAUCAUCCUGGGGCCCAGUUCGGCCUAUACGCAAACCCAGUUCCACAACCUGAGGAAUACCUUGGAUGGCUAUGGUAUCCACCCCAAGAGCAUAGACCUGGACAAUUACUUCACUGCCCGGCGGCUCCUCAGUCAGGUGAGGGCCCUGGACAGGUUUCAGGUGCCGACCACUGAGGUGAACGCCUGGCUGGUCCAUCGGGACCCGGAGGGGUCUGUCUCUGGCAGCCAGCCCAGCUCAGGCCUCGCCCUCGAGAGUUCCAGUGGCCUCCAAGAUGUGACAGACCCAGACAACGGGGUGCGAGAAAGCGAAACGGAGCAGGGAUUCAGUGAAGAUUUGGAGGAUUUGGGGGCUGUAGCCCCUCCAGUCAGUGGAGACUUAACCAAAGAGGACAUAGAUCUGAUUGACAUCCUUUGGCGGCAGGAUAUUGACCUGGGGGCUGGGCGUGAGAUUUUUGACUAUAGUCACCGCCAGAAGGAGCAUGAUGUGGAUAAGGAGCUGCGAGAUGGAGGAGAGCAGGGGGACACCUGGCCAGGCGAGGGUGCAGAGGCUCUGGCACGAAGCCUGCUAGUGGAUGGAGAAACUGGGGAGAGCUUCCCUUCACAGGUGCCUGGUGGGGAGGACCAGACGGCCCUGUCCCUGGAAGAGUGCCUUAGGCUGCUGGAGGCCACCUGCCCCUUUGGGGAGAAUGCUGAGUUUCCAGGAGAUGUUUCCAGCAUAACAGAAGCAGUGCCUAGUGAGAGUGAGCCUCCAGCUCUUCAGAACAACCUCUUGUCUCCUCUCCUGACGGGGACAGAGUCGCCAUUUGAUUUGGAGCAGCAGUGGCAAGAUCUCAUGUCCAUCAUGGAAAUGCAGGCCAUGGAAGUGAACACCUCAACAAGUGAAAUCCUGUAUAACGCCCCUCCUGGAGACCCACUGAGCACCAACUACAGCCUUGCCCCCAACACUCCCAUCAAUCAGAAUGUCAGCCUGCAUCAGGCAUCCCUCGGGGGCUGCAGCCAGGACUUUUCGCUCUUCAGCCCGGAGGUGGAGGGCCUUCCUGUGGCCGGCAGCUCCACCCUGCUGCCCCUGGUCCCCAGUAAUUCCACCAGCCUCAACUCCACCUUUGGCUCCACCAACCUGGCAGGGCUCUUCUUUCCACCCCAGCUCAACAGCACAGCCAAUGACACUGCAGGCUCAGAGCUGCCUGACCCCUUGGGGGGCCUGUUAGACGAAGCCAUGCUGGACGAGAUCAGCCUCAUGGACCUGGCCAUUGAAGAAGGCUUUAACCCUGUACAGGCCUCCCAGCUUGAAGAGGAGUUUGACUCUGACUCAGGCCUCUCCCUGGACUCGAGCCAUAGCCCUUCCUCCCUGAGCAGCUCUGAAGGCAGCUCUUCCUCUUCCUCCUCUUCCUCUUCCUCCUCUUCCUCAGCUUCUUCCUCAGCCUCUUCCUCCUUUUCCGAGGAAGGUGCUGUUGGUUACAGCUCUGACUCUGAGACCCUGGAUCUGGAAGAGGCCGAGGGCGCGGUGGGCUACCAGCCUGAGUAUUCCAAGUUCUGCCGCAUGAGCUAUCAGGAUCCGUCUCAGCUCUCCUGCCUGCCGUACUUGGAGCAUGUGGGCCACAACCACACAUACAACAUGGUGCCCAGUGCCCUCGACUCUGCUGACCUGCCGCCACCCAGCACCCUCAAGAAAGGCAGUAAGGAGAAGCAGGCCGACUUCUUAGAUAAGCAGAUGAGCCGGGAUGAGCAUCGAGCCCGAGCCAUGAAGAUUCCCUUCACCAAUGACAAAAUCAUCAACCUGCCUGUGGAGGAGUUCAAUGAGCUGCUGUCGAAAUACCAGCUGAGUGAGGCCCAGCUGAGUCUUAUCCGCGACAUCCGUCGCCGGGGCAAGAACAAGAUGGCGGCACAGAACUGCCGGAAGCGCAAACUGGACACCAUCCUGAACCUGGAGCGAGACGUGGAGGACCUGCAGCGCGAUAAAGCCCGGCUGCUGCGGGAGAAGGUGGAGUUCCUCCGGUCGCUGCGGCAGAUGAAGCAGAAGGUCCAGAGCCUGUACCAGGAGGUGUUUGGGCGGCUGCGGGAUGAGAACGGGCGACCCUACUCGCCCAGUCAGUACGCGCUGCAGUAUGCCGGGGAUGGCAGCGUCCUCCUCAUUCCCCGCACGCUGGCCGACCAGCAGGCCCGGCGGCAGGAGAGGAAGCCAAAGGACCGGAGAAAGUGAGUCUGGGGUGGAAGGGGGUCGACGCUCACCAAGACCAGAACUGGAGAAGGGCUGGGCCUGGACCUGGACCUACAGCGGGACUUUAUUGCCUUCUUAUCUAAUAUAUCUUCUCAGAUGGGAUGACUGCGGGUCAGUGUAUAGGAAGGGCGGGCGCAGGCGCUGGCUGGCUCAGCUUCCCCCACUGGGGUGGGGUGGAAGUGGCCAGACCAUUGGGUGGACAGGGUCCUCACUCUGCUCCUUUCCUUUGAGGGAAGGGGUAGUGCUGGCAUUGCCGGAGGUAAAGGAACUACUCAGAGCAGAGGUCGAAAAAGGGGAAUGGCAGGACUUGUGAGAGGAGAGGAAAGUAGUAGAAAGUCAUUCCUGAAAGGAAGGAAGGAAGCAAGCCCCAAAAAAUCAAAGCAGGAAGAAAAGCAAAGGGAAGGUUACGUUUGGCUUCGGCCAGGAUUCCGGGCAGCAGGUUUUUGUGACUGUGGGUGGACUGGGUGGGACCAGGUUAUUGGUGUGAGUAAACCCCGUUUCACCCCAGGGAGGGGUGAUGCAGACGGGCGCUGGGGGUGGGCUCUGCUGACUCUUUCUGCUCCUUGCACUUCGGCAUCCCUGAGGGCAAUCUCCUGCAAUGUUUUGAACGAAUGGGGGCCACUGGGACCGAACACUGGCUUGGAGGUUUUAGCAUCAAAGGGCUGAGUGAACAGGAAAGGGUGGCAAGGCCCCACACUGUAGCAGCCCCAACACCAAGCAUGUCACUCACUGCCCUGCCACUGCCAUCCCCUUGUGGGCUCCAGCUGUCCCUGAGCUGAGGCUCCGAUCGCCUCCACCAGAGCCUGCAUGCGAAUGCCGUACUCCUCGGGCUGUGUUCGCCCACCCCUCCCUCACCGCUGCCUGCAGUGCUGGGUGCCGGCAGUGCUUCCUCUUCCGGGGCCACCUCUGAGGCAGGGGGAUGAUUUGGAGGGAGAAGCCAGCGCAGCACCCUCCAGGCAGUAUUCAGCACAAACCUGGGGAGUGACCCUUCCUUCAGGCCUCCUUCCCGCCACCACCAACUGGGCUUGUCACUGAAAAACAACAAAACUACAAAACCCAGCAACAACAAAAAACUAGUUCUCUUAGAAUUUCUUGCGCUUUGAUUUUUUUAGGACUUGAGCCCUGUUUCAUUUGUAGGGUCUAGAAUGCUUGUGUUGAGUAAAAAGGAGAUGCCCCUAAAUAUUCAAAGCUGCUAAAUGUUCUCUUUGCCAUAAAGACUCCGUGUAACUGUGUGAACACUUGGGAUUUUCUCCUCUGCCCCAAGGUCUCAGUCUGCUUUCUUUUCGGGGUUUCUUUCUAGGAGAAAGAGAUGUGCAUGUGAUGGGGCUGAGAGCACUUUCUUUCAGGCUCUCAGCACGGGCAGCUUCUCCACAGCCCCUGCAGGGAGGGGUCCUGGACACUGCCUGGGGGGUGCAGAGAAGGGCAAGGCCAGAUGAUGGCUCCAGGACCCAGCAUCUUUACUUUUGCCACCCCUGCCCUUUCUGGAAUACUCUCUGUCCCAGUCUAGCAGAAACAAGUUGAGGAGAGUGAAGCACUGAUUCCCCCUCCCCAUGGGGAGGGGUUGCGGUUUCUAACCAAGUAGUGGGAUAUAAGGCGUGAGCCUGAGAAAUGCUUUUAUAAAUUAUUUUCCUUGUAGAUUUAUUUUUAAUUUAUCUCUGUGACCUGGCAGGGAGAGGGGAGAGAGAUGCUGUGAGCACAUGACAAAAAUAAAAUAAAAUAAAAUGGAUGAUUCAUUCUCAAGUGCAGUUUUUCCCUACUUUGAGUUCAAAUUGAAGGUAAAGGAAAUAGGCCCCAUGGGGGAGGACUGGCCCUCGUGUGGCUCAGGCAAAGCUCACACGGGAACGUCAGUAGAAAGCAGGGGAGGCUGAUGGCAGGGAAUUUAGAAAGACACAUCUUAAAUACUGUAGUGAACCUUCUUAGCAGGUGUUAGGGACCUCUCUAUCGGAUAUGCCAACUAAUGCUAUGUCAGAGGGAGGACGCAAAUCUUUUGACCUCUCCUUUCUCACAGGGCUAGGCUAGGUGGACAUGUUCUGUUACCUGGCCCAGCUCCCUACCUGUCCAUCUACUACAAAUUGCAUUUUUAAGCUAGACUCGACUGUUACGUCUCUGGUGGCCCCAUCUGCCAAACAGGGACACAGCACUGAACUGCAGUAACAACCCAAAUCAACGGGGCCUACACACCAACCACUGCCCUCUAAGGUACCUCUGGAUUGUUGCUGGAACCACCAGAGGCCUGUCCUGGGGUGGGUGCUUGGCAAUGCUGGGGCACGAAUGCCUACCUGCAGUUCUCUGAGAUUGUUGCCAAGGCUGAGAAGCAGCUACAGUUCCCACGGUGGGCUCCCUGAGCUUUAGUUGCCAAGUACCACUGUGUCACCUGGCCCAGCCCAUUAAUGAUGCUACUAGAAUUGUCCCAUAGACUGGGACAGAAUUCUAAGGAUAACAUUGAUUUCUAAUUUGUUUCAAUGUACAAGGGUUUUUUUUUCCUAUCUAUUUGGAAAGGGUAGGUCAUCUCUCACAAGAGCUCUUUUCUAAUUAGGCAUUGACUAUAAGCCAGGUAAACUAAGAUUCUUUAAAAAAAAAAAAAAAAGGACUAAAAAUUUAAGUUUUAAAAACAUGGUGAU